AUGCAAAAAAAUGGUUUCCCAUUGACUAUUGAUGACGUCAGAAAGAUUGCGUACCAGUUCGCGGAGCAAUUGAAUUUGAAUCACAGAUUUAAUAGAGAAACUGAGAAAGCAGGAUAUGACUGGUUGCAAGGUUUUUUACGAAGAAACCACGAUAUUACAUUAAGAAAGUCAGAAGGAGUAUCUUUAGCUAGAUCAACUGCUAUGAAUAAACUGGAGGUUGACGCUUACUUUGAGCUUCUUGAAAGCAUAUUGACAGUAGACGAUGGUGUGUUGAAACCGAGUUGUAUCUUCAACAUGGACGAGACUGGUCUUCAGCUUAAUAAUCGACUAGGGCAUGUUCUAGCUGAAAAGGGAGAAACGAUUACAGUUAUAGCCUGCUGCAAUGCUGAAGGUACAUUUUUACCACCUGCCUGUAUCAUGAAAGGCAAAAACAAAAAACCUGAGUUUGAGGAUGGGAUGCCACCGGGAUCGAAACUUUUCAUGUCCCCAAAAUCAGCGUACAUUACCUCAGAUUUAUUUAUUGAAUGGUUGAAAACACAUUUUGUUCCGAGAUAA